GCCAUGGCGGGGCUUCGGAAGAAUUCAGGGCCCUCGAUAGCCCAAUAACAUUUUCAUUACCCAAAUGCAGAGCGCAGCCGGCGCGGUGGAGGGGCAGUCGGCAUAGGACGUGUCUACGCCCAACAAUGUCUCCACGUACAUAUACCCUGUGCCCCCCGUGCCAGCAUGAAUCCGUCUCUCGCAAACUUUAUCCUCAAGCUCUCACCCAAAGACAUCUUGAACCCCACGCCCACAAUGAACACUGCUAUUCCUCUGAACACAGGCGCCACGAUCCCCGCAUUGGGACUCGGGACGUGGCAAUCUGCACCGGGAGAGGUGAAGAAGGCGGUGAUCCACGCGAUUGAGGGCGGCUACCGACACAUCGACUGCGCGUUCUGCUACCAGAACGAAGACGAGGUCGGUGAGGCGCUGCAGGAUGUGAUUUCGCGCGGGAUCGUGAAGAGAGAAGACCUCUUCAUCACUAGCAAGCUGUGGUGCACGUUCCACACGCGCGCGGAGGAGGGCCUGCAGAAGAGUCUUGAUCUGCUGAAGACGCCCUACGUCGACUUGUACCUGAUGCACUGGCCCGUUCCCAUGAACCCCAAAGGAAACCACCCGCUCUUCCCCAAACUCGAAGACGGCUCCCGCGACAUCGAUCACUCCAUCACGCACAUCGACACGUGGAAGAACCUCGAAGCGCUCUACAAAGCCCACCCUGAGAAAGUAAAGGCCAUCGGCGUAGCAAAUUACUCCGUCAAGUACCUCGAGAAACUCCUCGCCCAAUCCACAAUCACCCCCGCCGCCAACCAGAUCGAAAACCACCCCCUCCUGCCCCAGCAAGAAGUCGUCGACUUCUGCCGCUCCAAGAACAUCCACAUCACCGCGUACAGCCCCCUCGGUUCCACGGGCUCCCCGCUCUUCAAAGACGCCGGCGUGCUCGACGUCGCGAAGAAGCACGACGUAGGCCCGGGCACCGUGUUGCUUUCGUACCACCUUGCGCGGGGUUCUUCGGUGCUGGCGAAGUCCGUAACGCCGUCGCGCAUCGACGAGAACCGCAAGCUGAUUACGCUUGACGAAGGGGAUAUGCAGGCGCUGGAGGCGAUCCACAAGAAGAACGGCGUGCAGCGGUUUGUGUACCCUCCGUUUGGAGUCAAUGCCGGGUUUCCGGAUAAGACGGAGGGGAUUGACCUUAGUGGGUAAGGAGUGUAGAGUAGAGAUGAAAAGCUGUUAUUAUACCCUUAUAAAGAUAGAGUACCUAUCUACUUGCUUCGAGCGGGUAGAGCGGAAUAAAUAGUGUAGUU